AUUAUCGCUGGUUCUUGAUGUACCGCUAUACUUUUGGAUGGCCCAGUGACGCCGGUAAGUAGACUUUCUGAAAUUCGAAUGUCCACUGCUGUUAGUUUAGAAACUUAGGCAGUGAUGAAUAAGCAGAGAAUGAACGCCACGGAAUUACUUCUCUAUUUGUGGCUUGUUUUGUCAGUAGAUAAUAUCUGCAGUGUAUGCUUUAGGGGUAAAUUGCGACAUUAAUGAUAAGGAAAUGAAGGUCUUACUAACACAAAACUGAUUCUGUUAUAUUGAGCCAACAUUGCAUGCAACUUUUCAUGAAGCUUCUUCUAGUAAUUUCAAGCUGCAAAGGAAUUUUUGUGUGAAGAUGAUCAGUAAACUUAAAAUUAUCUGUGUCACGAAAUUUAGCCAAAUUAGGAAAUUACAAAAUGCCCGUUAAAUUAAGAGGAACAUAAAACUAACCGCUUAAAACUUUAAAGAAAGGUCACAAUAACAUAACAGAAACAACAGAUGCCACGGAUGGGCAAAACUGAAGAAGAUUGAAACGGAUUGAAAUUAGGGUUUUUGAAAACUGUUCAGCUUAACAGUUUUUCAAAGUUGAUCCCUGCUGCUUGCAACUUCAAAGAUAAUACUCAGGAGACAUAUUUGUUUGUCUCAGAUCUCUGAUUUUGUCAUAUACCUGUAAUUUCUUUGCUUAAUUUAAUUUUCAUAGCGGUUGAGGGCGAGUAAUUGGCAAAAUUAAACAAAAUGAACUGGACUGCCGUGACACAGCCCCUUCAAAAUAAUCAGCUGAAGAUCGGUGACCGUCGUGCAUGUCCAGGAUAGUCCAGGGCUUUCAAGAAGUCUUAAAUAAUGUUCUCAGUCUUUAACAGACUUCUUUCUCGUUUUAAGCGCAAAUCAACAAAGCUGUAACUUCUUUUAACUAAAACAUAUUGUCACUUUUGCGUUCCUUAUUUUGCAAAUUUAGAUCGCCUGAUUCUGGACUCAUUCUUGGUAGAUUAAUGCGUUUUUACAAUUGUCGCUAAACACAAAGUUCUGCGGUUUAUCUUCCAAUCAUGGUGAUUGGUCAAUCUUUUCUUUUCCUGUUUUUCGACAAGGAAGUGUGAAUUAAAGUAGGAUUCACUGAGCCACUGUUGGAGCUUGUUGAAGCCGUUUAGCUACAUGAACUGAGUUAGAGCUAUAUCCCGAGGAACUCAGGAAAGACUAUUUAUAUAAUUCCUCGUUGCGAAUUUGUGCGAUCUCUGCAUAAAGAAAAUGAUAAACUGAGUAUUUUCCUCAUAAAAUUCAGCUCAUAUAUGACAGUACCCCCCGAGACCUUAGUUAUCUUUACUUAUCAGUUCUUCUGUCCCUUUUUCCUUUCUCUACAUUAGACAUUUGCUCCUGGAAAGUCAAGAGGUUUGUACUUAUCAACAUUCACGAACAUUUUACCUUCAGCUGUAGAUUUUUGAUCGGAAAGUUUAACUUACCCAUUUCAUGAGCAGCUUAAGGUGGCUGAACACAGUUUCGCGGGCGGUCAGCGGUAGCGCAUGUUUUAAAUUAGACAAACAAACAUGGCGGCGAAAAAAGCAGUGGAAGACAGAAGACGAUUUCUCAAAAUCUACUCAUUAAAAUUUUGUCAUAUUUGGCAGAAUUUUUACUUUUAUCGUAUUUUAAAUAAUGAAAACUUUAAAAUGGGAGUUGAACAGACGAAUUUUGUGACACAUUUAAUAAUAACAGUACAAUUAUAUUAUUGAUUAUCUGAAAACCCCUCUGUUAAAAUUUGGUCAAAUAAGUUUCAAAUCAGUAAUGAUUAAUUAUAGUAAGCUGUGUGCGAGUUUAUAGGAAAAUCUAAUGAGCGAAUUUUAUGUAAACUGAGUAAAAGUGAAAUUUUAAGGUUGUAUUCAAUCGUUCAUGUUGCCAUGGAAACUACGAAAACGUCAAAUUUUGCCUGUCAGUCAAAAUCUUUCAUCAUUAUAUUUUUCACUUGCCAAGUUUCAGCCUGUGAGCUGCAACCUUUCUCUUGCCAUAAUUUGGCAAAUGACCUAUACUCAGAAACUGCCAAAACUGUGUUCAGCCACCUUAAGAGAAAAGAAGCAUCUAAAGAAUCAACAUGACGCAUUCAGUGCUUUUCAAUACAAACAUGAUCCAUAAAACCGUCCGCCAAUAGAGCUAAAUUUUACGGAAGGCUCAAAUUAUUUAGAUAACAAGUUAUACCUUUGAUGCUACUCUUAUUGAUACAAUAGAAAUUGUACUAACCUAUUUAUCGCUUCUCCCGAUAAUUGACAUAAGUCGAUCCAAUUUCCUCAUUUAGUUUUCCUUUAUCGACAUUCCAACUUUUUUGCAGAUCGACCGAGCAAAAUACUGGGACCUAAGAGUGAAAAGUACAUGUGACAAUUUUUCUGGCAGCUUCUUCUUAGCAAUGAAUUGCGAGGUCAGUUAGCUUCUUUUUUGCAGUUGCUUAGCGUAAUUACAUUCAAAAGGUAAUGCUUCAUCUAUAAUGGUUGAUCAAUGUGGUUAUUGUUUAUUAGGCAUUCAUAAAGAACAAUCGACUUGAAUCUAUAAUGGUUGAUCAGUAAACGCAGCUGUUUUUGUGAGUCUAUUAUUCAUUCUAAGACUUUUUUGAAGCCUGUAUUCUUUUCUUCAAUUAAUUAAUGAACAAUGGACUUACACUGCCAUUGAAUCAAGGUUGACCUGUUCUCCUCCAAAAGGACACACCCCCAUGAUUUUUCUGGCCCGUUAGAUCCUUUGACCUCAGUAAAAUGAUUUAAAUGGAACUUGACUUUGUUUUUAACUUCAGGUGUUUGAAAACAAAACCCUAAUCAAUAAACUUUAUGAUACAGGAUACUGAGUUAUGCAUAUUUCAGGUCAGUUUGUGCUAUAAUGAUUUUAAUGGAACUUGAUUUACAUUUGCAACCUAAUCAAUAAAGUUUGAUAAACCAGCAUAUCUCACUGUGCUUGCAUUUCAUUUUCAGGAGUUAUAAACCAGCCUUUCAUUUUCAGGAGAGUUAUCAUGUUCAAUUAAAGAUGAAAUUACAAAACAAAAACUGUUGUCGUGAGACUAAAGAGUUGGCUUUUUAUCAGCAGUAUGAUAAACACAUUCUUCUCUCUUACAAACCAAAUCUUUGCUCCCCUAAGUUACCCUCUAAAAAUUCAUGAGAGACAUCUGUCAUUUAAUACAUCAGUGAUCCUCUACCCAGUGUCUUGACAAGUUCAUUUGGGUAAGACUUCCAUACAUAACCCCAUACAUUUAUAUGCAUUUAACAAUCUCAUACUUUAUUUCACUAAAACAGUUUAUGAAUAGUGUCAAAACAUUUUAUACACAAUAAAAUGUAUGGAACUUUGUGGAAAACUAUCUUGACUUCAUUUCUGUUUUUGUCUUAAAGUAUUACUUUUUGUUAUUUAUUUCAGUUACACUGGUUAACCGAGACAGUUGGCACGGCUUAGAGUGAAGGACUGACGGAAUUUCAUUUUACUGAACAAAGGUAUUCCCUUACAAUACUGAUCUAUAAUAAUUGCUCUACAGUCUGAAUCCUCUUUUAGACUGCAUUCAUUAUGUGUACCAGGGGGGGGGAGGAUUUUUUGGGGGAUCUCAAAAUUUUUGGCAAGGGACAAGGGGUUUACCAAAAUUUUUGACAGAAGAAAGGGGGGUUUGCUAAUUUGUUUUUCUCCAUUUAUUAAAAUUAGGAAGCAUUGUUUUGUGGAUUUCUUUUUUAUAAAAGAAGACUACGUUAAUUACUCUAUGUUUAAAGAAAGUUUGCUAGCUUAUUUGCUUGAUAAAUACACUCUUUAUAGGACUUUAACUAUUAAUAUAACAUUUAAGUGUUUUUAUUGUAAAGCUAUAUAAUUGCUUUCGAGUCAACAACAACUACAAAAUUGCAAUGAAAAGUUCAAUCUUUCUUUAACUGGAAAAUUGCUGUUAUUUCUGUGUUUAGCAGUAGCCACUGAAAUCAGGACUAAUGAAUGGACCAAACUAGAGCUCUAUAAACUAACAUAACAGCCAUACAAAGUAUUUUAUAAUUAGUAUUCUUAAGCAAAAAAGUUCACUUUGGAAUGUCUUGAAGUGCUUGAUGGCACAAAAAGUAUACAGAACUUGAAAAAUGUUUCACUGGUUUAACAUUUGCUGAUGAAUGUUAUUAAACUGUACAAAUUUAAUGCUUGAAAACACAUUGCAACUGUCUUUGUGAAGUUUUUACUACAGAGUUUUUACUGCACAGUGAACAUUUUAAUCACAUUUAAUUGUAGAAGUGUCAAGUGAAAAUUAAAAGAUACUUUUAGAUUGUAAAUCAGAAUGUAACGUAACAAAACAUAGCAUAAAUGGAGCAUGCAUUUUACUGUUUUGAGAAGAAAAGCUGCUUCACGUUAACCUGUGACAUUAACAUCAACCUCCACUAGUAAACUAUACUACUCCUAUAACAUGUCAAUAGGAAAUCUAAAAUUCAAUGUUUCGGAUGCCAUUAGACAGCUUUUUUCCCAACUUUUUAAUGGCUCAAAACAUGGUUCGAGUUAUCAAGGGUAAAAUUAAAUAGAAAAUGACCUGAGGGGAAAUGAAAAUUGGUUAGAGUUAGCGGGUGUUCAAGUUAUUAAGAGUUCGAGUUAUCGUGGGUUUGAGUUACCGAGGGUAAAAUUACAGUGAAUAUAUGAGGGAAAUCCAGGGAAAAUCGAUUUUGGUUUGAGUUAGCGAGGGUUUGAGUUAUCGAGAGUUGACUGUAUUUUUAUUUCACAAAAAUCUGUGAACCGUUGGUUACCUUUUGUUUUUAGUUAUCUAUUUAAACAUUAAUCUCUCCACCAUUUCACCAUAUUGCCUAUAUUUUACUUUUCUCGUGAAAACUUGGUUGGGGGAGUUUGCCAUUUUUUUUUUUGGUCAAGAAGGGGGGCUGUCUGAAAAUUCUCUAUGAAUUGGGGCCCGAUCUUAAAAAAUUUUGCCCUUUUAAAAAAUAUCCUCUGCCCCCCCCCCACCCCCCCUGCCCUGCAAUAUACCUAAUUAAUGGAACCUUAUGUGAUGUGUUAUACAAGUAGAAUGAAAGACUUUCUUGUGUUACUGAAGUCCUCAAAAGUAUCCUGGUGAUUUGCUGGCAGGGAAAGUUAUAAUUUGGAGAUUUUGGACCACGACAGCUAGUUUGCUGACAUUAAAAAUGAAGUUGAGAUACUCGUUGUAGGGAACAGCAAAAUAUUGGAAAUUUUUAAAAUAAACUUAGUGAGCAGCAUGGAGAAGUGUAUCAGUUGGCCUCACUAAACUACUAUUUUCUAAUGCAUUUAAUUUUAAUCUUGUUCUAAUUGUAGAAUGAAUAAAGAUCGAUCUAAGAAGAAAGGAGAUACUCUUUGGAAACAGGUGAAAAGAAGUGCUGCAAAGCCCUUCCAGAAACCAUUUGGGAAACCAAAAAACCAAGGUAAAGAAAGUUGUAAAAUAAUAUGUUGACAUUCGUGUUUCUUGUAGAUAUUUUUGGAGAUUAAGAACAAUUCCAAGUAAUUAAUACCUACAAGGGUCUUUCCGUGGGUCUUUGGAAUUCUGAGGUGGAGUGUUUCUUUCCCCUUAGGGGAGCUGAUCCACUGCCCAGUUACUCUGUAGCUCAAUUGGGAAAUUGGUCUGUCGAGCUACAGGUUGUACAGCUGUAAGAUCAGGAUCUUUAAAUAAACGUAACUUUGAAGAAAGUGCUACCUUUUUUAUGACAGCUGCAAACGGCUAGACUUUCUAGUCUUCUGGCCAUCAAGGACAAUACUUGUAAAUCAUGAUAACCAUCAUACAUGUAUAUAAACAUUCCAUGACACAUUAAAGAACCCACACACUGUUAGUUCAUAAAGACCAGGGGAUGUGGUCCCUGCAACUCCAGUUCCUGCUGUUUAUAAUGUCGUCAGUAAACACUAAACAUGAGCUUGAACUUGAGUUUGUUUCAUGAGUGCAACCAUGAUAUGGUAUGUCAUUUACACAUUUUGUCAUUUGGUAUAAAGAUGCCUGUACUCAUUGUUAAAUUAUAUUAAAAUUGCAAACAGCUGAGAUUGAUUGAUUUUGAAGAUUUAUUAAAAGAUUCAUGAAUCUCCUACAGCAAGACAAAAAGUAUUUGAUCCAGUUCAUUGUCUCCAAAAAAGCAAUUCAUUUAACAACAUAAGUUGUGAACAAGACAGUGGUGAAAUGACUAAUUAUUUGUUGUUGUAUUUCAAGGUUCAUCUGGAAGGGUUGAGCAAGAUGGCCCAAGCACAAGUUCUGUUACAGGUGAAUAAGAGAUUACUAAUUCAUUGUAUGUGAGAAUCACAACAGCUCCUUGACAGUAACCAGCUACUAAACUUUGUCUUCUAUCUAUUAAUUCUACAAGGUUCACAACAGGGAAGUAUCUCCUCCUCUUUUUGGUACCUCCUAUAGAUCUUAAAAAAAUGAAUUUCUUCCAUGCUGACAAAGCAAGAUUCCGAUACCUUCUGGGGAUACUUUUGAAUUUUCUAUUUGACGAGCACCACAGUUGUUUAUUAAAUAGGGUAGUAUAUCCUCCUCCCUCGCCUCCCCCCACCACGCCCUGAGGACACUAGCGACCAACUUUACAGGGCUGUCACUAAGGGCCGGGAGGUGUGGAUUUCCCCUGGCUGCUAUGGGCAUGACCCUUGGUUACAUUCAUAGGAAAUAAAAGGAAAAUAGGACCAAAACAAUUUUCAGGAUGUUCCAUUCCCUGCUCUGAAACUUGAAACCAUAGUGACAGCCUUGAACUCUAACCAGCAAGCUCUCUGCUCUAGUGGCUUUAUGUUCUGGUAUUAGAUCAUUCUAGAACUCUACCCUCUGAUUGGUUGGAAAGGCCCAGGAAAUAUUUUGCUUUGUUUUUUUUCCUGUUUUGAAAAUGUUUUUGAACUGCAACUGCUUACUAGAUCCCUUUCAGAAUCAACUCAGUGUGCAGCUGAAAUCCUGCAUAACCAAGUUUAAAACAUAAAUUUAUUGUCUAAAAUUGUACACACUGUGACCAGACAUCAUUUAGUGAAUUAAAAUGUCAGUAUCACCCACAAUUCAGUAAAACUUUCAGUCCCAAGACAUGCUGCUCAGUGCUUUUUGUUAUAAAAACUUAAUUAUUCAGACCCAGAAACUAAAAUGUGAGCCGUAAAAAAACUGACAUAUUGAUGAACAUCCCCAAAUGCUUUAGAAUAACUGUUGUUUUAAAUGUCUCGCUUCAAUUUAUAUUCCAUUUUGUUUAACUCACAGACCUGUCAGCAGGGAAACAGCCCUCUAGCUCUACGGCCACCAAGGAGGAGUCACCAGGUACUAUUAUAUCAAUAAAGCAGAAAUGGUACAUGCAGACAUACAGUAGAUUAAAAACGCUUGCUUGAAUAUGAAAAUGACUUUUAUCGUUUCUUGUAUUGCAAUACAAAAUGAUCUGUAUUGUCACAGUUGUUUAUAUUUAUUUCAGAAAUAAGUGGCAAAGAAGUAUGACUUGAUACUUCAAGCACCAAAUUCUUUUUCUCAUUCAAUUUUUCUGUUAGAAUUUUGCUAAGGUAUUUUUAACUUGCAUUAAUCCUCGAGGCCAGUUAUAAAAAAUAAGAAUUAUUUUUAGCACUCAACCACAAACGUCACUAACGGCUUUGGACAGCUAGCCCUGUAUUGGUGUCUCCUCCCUGAACCUCUCUUUGUGGGGUAACGCCCCUUUCACUUGCUUUACUGAUGCAGUCUUCAAAGACAUUUACAUAUAAAUGUUACUCGGCCAAGGCUGCCCAUCCCGCCAUAUUCAUAAACUGUAAUUGUAAUAAUUAAUGAUUCUUUAUUUAGGUCAUGGUGAAAUUACAUUUUUAACUUUUUUAUAACUGAAAUUUGUGCUAGGUUAUAACUUUCUAAUAUAAGAGAAAUAAUAAGUGCGAGCUGGGAAGCUAAAUAUACGCAACUGUGAAGAAAGUGCUGCCUUUUGUAUGACAGCUGCAAAUCAUUAGACUUUCUAGUCUUCUGGCCAUUAAGGACAAUACUUGUAAAUCAUAACCAUCAUACGUGUAUAUAAAAAUUCCAUGAGACAUCAAAGAACCCACACACUGUUAGUUCAUGAAGAGCAGGGGACAUGGUCCCUGCAACUCAAGUUCCAGCUGCUGUUUAUAAUGUCGGCAGUAAACACUAAACUUGAACUUGAACUUGAGUUUGUUUCAUGAGCGCAACCAUUGUAUGGUAUGUCAUGUACACAUCAUAGUUUUGUCAUUGGCAUAAAGAUGCCGGUACUCAUUGUUAAAUUAUAUUAAAAUUACAAACAGCUGGCAUGUGGAAAAUUCAAAAAAUGGUAUAUUUUGAACAUUUAUUAAAAGAUUCAUGAAUCUCCUACAGCAAGACAACAAGCAUUUGAUCCCGGAGUUCAUUGUCUCCAAAAAAGCAAUUCAUUUAACAACAUAGUUGUGAACAAGACACUGGUGAAAUGACUGAUUAUUUGUUGUUUUAUUUCAAGGUCCAUCUGGAAGGGUUGAGCAAGCUGGCCCAAGCACAAGUUCUGUUACAGGUGAAUAAGAGAUUACUAACUCAUUGUAUGUGAGAAUCACAACAGCUCCCUGACAGUAACCAUAUAUCUUUUAAUUCUUCAAGGUUCACAGCAGGAAAGUAUCUCCUCCUCUUUUUGGUACCUCUUAUAGAUCUUAAAAAAAUGAAUUUCUUCCAUGCUGACAAAGCAAGAUUCGGAUAUCUUCUGUGGAUACUUUUUGAAUUUUUUAUUUCAUGAGCACCACAGUUGUUUAAUAGGGUAGUAUCUCCUUCUCCCCCGCCUUCCCCCACCACGCCCUGAGGACACUAGCGACCAACUUUACAAGGCUGUCACUAAGGGCCGGGAGGUGUGGAUUUCCCCUAGCUGCUAUGAGCAUGACCCCUGGUUACUUUAUUCGUAGGAAAUAAAAGGAAAAUAGGACCAAAACAAUUUUCAGGAUGUUCCAUUUCCUGCUUUGAAACUUGAAACCAUAGUGACAGCCUUGAACUCUAACCAGUAAGCUCUCUACUCUACUGGCUUUAUGUUCUGGUUUUAGAUCAUUCUAGAACUCUACUCUCUGAUUGAUUGGAAAGGCCCAGGAAAUAUUUUGGAUUUUUUCUUUUCCUGUUUUGAAAAUGUUUUUGAGCUGCAACUGCUUACUACAUCCCUUUUAGAAUCAACUCAGUGUGCAGCUAAAAUCCUGCAUAACCAAGUUUAAAACAUAAAUUGAUUGUCUAAAAUUGUGUACACUGUGACCAGACAUCAUUAAAAAUUAGUGAAUGAAAAUGUCAGUAUCACCCACAAUUCAGUAAAAGCUAAGAUGUAAGCUUUCAGUCCCAAGGCAAGCUGCUCAGUGCUUUUUGUUAUUGAAACUUUAUUAUUCAGUCCCAGAAACUAAAAUGUGGGUAGUAAAAAAACUGACAGAUUGAUAAACAUUUUGCCCAAAUGCUUUUGAAUAACCCAGGUUUUAAAUGUCUCACUUCAAUUUCUUUGCUAUUUUGUUUAACUCACAGACGCGUCAGCAGGGAAAGAGCCCUCCACUAAGCAGGUGUCACCAGGUACUAUUAUAUCCAAUAAAGUAGAAAUGGUACCAGACAUACAGUAGAUUAAAAACGCUUACUUUCAUAUGAAAAUGACUUUUAUCGUUUGUUAUAUUGCAACACAAAAUGAUCUUUAUUGUUGCAGUUGUUUAUAUUUAUUUAAAAAAUAAGUAGCAAAAGAAGAAGUAUGAUGUGAUACUUCAAGCAUCAAAUUCUUUUCCUCAUUCAAUUUUUCUGUUAGAAUUUUGCUAAAGUAUUUUUAACCUGCGUUAAUCCUCAAGGCCGGUUAUAAAAAAUAGGAAUUAUUUUUAGCACUCAACCACAAAUGUCACUAAUGGCUUUAGACAGGUAGCCCUCUAUUGGUGUUUCCUCCCUGAACCUCUCUUUGUGGGGCAACACCCCUUUACACUCGCUUUACUGAUGCAGUCUUCAAAGACAUUUACAUAUAAAUGUUACUCGGCCAAGGCUGCCCAUCCCACCAUAUUCAUAAUUUGUAAUUGUAAUAAUUAAUGAUUCUUUUUUUAGCUCUGGGUGAAAUUACAUUUUUAACUUUUUUAUAACUGAAAUUAAAUUUUUGUGCUAGGUUAUAACUUUAUAAUAUAAGAGAAAUAAUAAGUGCGAACUGGGAAGCUAAAUAUACAGUUAGAUUUUCUAGUUAGCUCCCCAUCGAAUUAAAUUCAGUGUGUAAGCAGGUCUUCUAUCUAUUAAUUCUUCAAGGUUCACAGCAGGGAAGCAUCUCCUCCUCCUUUGGGUACCUCUUAUAGAGCUUAAAAUGAAUUUCUUCCAUGCUGACAAAGCAAAAUUCUGGUACCUUUUAGGGAUACGUUUUAAUUUUUAUUUGACUAGCACCUCAGUUGUUUGUUUAAUAGGGUAGUUUCUCCUUCCUCCCAACCCCCCAUCCCUCCACCACGCCCUGAUGACACUAGCAAACAACUUUACAGGGCCGUCAGUAAGGGCUUGCAACUUGAACUGCAACUGCUUGCCAGAUGCCUUUCAGAAUCAACGCAGUAUGCAGCAGAAAUCCUACAUAAUCAAGUUUAAAACAUAAACUGUGACCAGAACUCAUUUAGUGAAUUAAUUAAAAUGUCGACAGUAUCAUGCACAAUUCAGAAAAAGCUAAGAUGUAAGCUUUCAGUCCCAAGACAAGCUGCUCAGUGCUUUUUGUUAUUGAAACUUUAUUAUGCAGUCCCAGAGACUGAAAUGUGAGUAGUAAUAAAACUGACAGAUUGAUAAACAUUUUCCCCAGAUACUUUUGAAUAACCCAUGUUUUAAAUGUGUCACUUCAAUUUCUGUUCUAUUUUAACUCACAGACCUGUCAGCAAGGAAAGAGCCCUCUAGCUCUACGGCCACUAAGGAGGUGUCACCAGGUACUAUAUUAUAUCCAAUAAAGCAGAAAUGGUACCAGACAUACAGUAGAUUAAAAACGCUUACUUUCAUAUGAAAAUGACUUUUAUUGUUUGUUAUAUUGCAACACAAAAUGAUCUUUAUUGUCGCAAUUGUUUAUAUUUAUUUCAAAAAUAAGUAGCAAAGAAGAAGUAUGAUGUGAUACUUCAAGCAUCAAAUUCUUUUCCUCAUUCAAUUUUUCUGUUAGAAUUUUGCUAAGGUAUUUUUAACCUGCGUUAAUCCUCGAAGGCCAUUUAGAAAAAAUAAGAAUUAUUUUAAGCACUCAACCACAAAUGUCACUAAUGGCUUUGGACAGGUACCCCUCUAUGGGCGUGUCCUCCCUGAACCUCUCUUUGAGGGGUAACACCCCUUUACACUUGCUUUACUGAUGCAGUCUUCAAAGACAUUUACAUAUAAAUGUUACUUGGCCAAGGCGGCCAUCCUGCCAUAUUCAUAAUUUGUAAUUGUAAUAAUUAAUGAUUCUUUAUUUAGCUCUCGGUGAAAUCACAUUUUUAACUUUUUUAUAACUGAAAUUUGUGCUAGGUUAUAACUUUAUAAUAUAAGAGAAAUAAUAAGUGUGAGCUGGAAAGCUAAAUAUACUGUUAGAUUUUCUAGUUAGCUCCCCAUCCAAUUAAAGUCAGUGUGUAAGCAGGUCUUCUAUCUAUUAAUUCUUCAAGGUUCACAGCAGGGAAGUAUCUCCUCCUUUUUUUGGUACCUCUUAUAGAUCUUAAAAAAAUGAAUUUCUUCCAUGCUGACAAAGCAAAAUUCUGGUACCUUUUAGGGAUACGUUUGAAUUUUUUAUUUGACUAGCACUUCAGUUGUUUAAUAGGGUAGUUAUUAAAAAUGAGAAAUAUUUUUAGCACUCGACCACAAACAUCACUAACAGCUUUGGAGAGGUAGCCCUCUAUUGGUGUCUCCUCCCUGAACCUCUCUUUGUGGGGUAACGCUCCUUUACACUUGCUUUACUGGUGCAGUCUUCAAAGAUAUUUAGAUAUAAAUUUUACUCGGCCAAGGUUGCCCAUCCUGCCAUAUUCAUAAUUUGUAAUUGUAAUAAUUAAUGAUUCUUUAUUUAGCUCACAGUUAACUUCUUUAUAACUGAAAUUUGUGCUAGGUUAUAACUUUUUAAUACAAGAGAAAUAAUAAGUGCAAGCUGGGAGGCUAAAUAUACGUAACUGUGAGGAAAGUGCUACCUUUUUUAUGACUGCUGCGCGCAAAUGCAUGGUUAGACUUUCUAGUCUUCUGGCCAUUAAGGACAAUAUAUACUUGUAAAUCAUAAUAACCAUCAUACCUGUAUAUAAACAUUCCGUACUUGACAUUAAAGAACCCACACACUGUUGGUUCAUAAAGAGUAGGGGAAGUGGUCCCUGCAACUCAAGUUCCAGCUGCUGUUUAUAAUGUCGCCAGUAAACACUAGCUAAACUUGAACUUGAACUUGAGUUUGUUUCAUGAGUGCAACCAUGGUAUGGUAUUUUAUGUACACAUUUUGUCAUUGGUAUAAAAAUGCCGGUACUCAUUGUUAAAUUAUAUUAAAAUUACAAAUAGCUGAGGAAAAUUCAAAAAAUGGUUUAUUUUGAAGACCUAUUAAAAGAUUCAUGAAUCUCCUACAGCAAGACAAAAAGCAUUUGAUCCAGUUCAUUGUCUCCAAAAAAGCAAUUCAUUUAACAACAUAGUUGUGAACAAGACACUGGUGAAAUGACUAAUUAUUUGUUGUUGUAUUUCAAGGUCCAUCUGGAAGGGCUGAACAAGCUGGCCCAAGCACAAGUUCUGUUACAGGUGAAUAAGAGAUUACUAAUUCAUUGUCUGUGAGAAUCACAACAGCUCCCUGACAGUAACCAGUUACUAAACUUUGUCUUCUAUCUAUUAAUUCUUCAAGGUUCACAGCAGGGAAGUAUCUCCUCCUCUUUUUGGUACCUCUUAUAGAUCUUAAAAAAAUGAUUUUUUUCCAUGCUGACAAAGCAAGAUUCCGAUACCUUCUGGGGAUACUUUUGAAUUUUCUAUUUGACUAGCACCACAGUUGUUUAAUAGGGUAGUAUAUCCUUCUCCCCCGCCUCCCCCCACCAUGCCCUGAUGACACUAGCGACCAACUUUACAGGGCUGUCACUAAUGGCCGGGAGGCGUGGAUUUCCCCUGGCUGCUAUGAGCAUGACCCCUGGUUACUUUAUUCAUAGGACAUAAAAGGAAAAUAGAAAAAAUUUCCAGGAUGUUCUAUUCCCUGCUCUGAAACUUGAAACCAUAGUGACAGCCUUGAACUCUAACCAGUAAGCUCUCUGCUCUACUGGAUUUAUGUUCUGGUUUUAGAUCAUUCUAGAACUCUACCCUCUGAUUGAUUGGAAAGGCCCAGGAAAUAUUUUGUUUUUUUUUCCUGUUUUGAAAAUGUUUUUGAACUGCAACUGCUUACUAGGUCCCUUUCAGAAUCAACUCAAUGUGCAGCUGAAAUCCUGCAUAACCAAGUUUAAAACAUAAAUUUAUUGUCUAAAAUUGUGCACACUGCGACCAGACAUCAUUUAGUGAUUAAAAUGUCAGUAUCACCCACAAUUCAGUAAAAGCUAAGUUGAUGUAAGCUUUCAGUCCCAAGACAAGCUGCUCAGUGCUUUUGGUUAUUGAAACUUUAUUAUUCAGUCCCAGAAACUAAAAUGUGAGUAGUAAAAAAACUGACAGAUUGAUAAACAUUUUCCCCAAAUACUUUUGAAUAACCCAUGUUUUAACUGUCUCCUCCCUGAACCUCUCUUUGUGGGGUAACGCCCCUUUACACUUGCUUUACUGAUGCAGUCUUAAAAGACGUAUAAUAAACAUAUAAAUGUUACUCGGCCAAGGCUGUCCAUCCCGCCACAUUCAUAAUUUGUAAUUGUAAUAAUUAAUGACUCUUUAUUUAGCUCACGGUGAAAUUACAUUUUUAACUUUUUUUAUAACUGAAAUUUGUGGUAGGUUAUAACUUUAUAAUAUAAGAGAAAUAAUAAGUGCGAGCUGGGAAGCUAAAUAUACUGUUAGAUUUUCUAGUUAGCUCCUCAUCCAAUAAUUAAAGUCAGUGUAUAAGCGGGUGAUCGAAAAAGAAGAAAAUAGAUAAAUGAAUUAAUAAAUUGAAUUAAUAAAGAGCAUUCCUUCUACCUUUGACCGUAGUAUUUAUAUUCCUACCCUAUAUUCUGGUGUUUUAGAGCCCUGUUAUCUACAUGCACUGUUAGUUACAUUUCUGUCGUUGUAUCAUGAGUUGAGGAUAAUUUGUUUUUAAAUAUGGAAAUUUUAUUUAUAUUUGGUGAUCUGAUCAGUUUAUAUCAAAGAGGGCCUAUAUUUUGUGCGUGAACUACCUCCCUUUAACUUUCCUCGCCUAUUAUAAUAUCAAGUUAUUAAAGAACAAUUCCUUAAAAAGAGGAACGUAAAAUUUUCCUCAGCAGAUUCUCGUUGCCUCGAGGGGUGCCAGAAGCAGCUGCGAUCAAUUUAUGAAACUAACAGCAAAGUCAAAAUCGUUCCGUGGGACCAAAGCUCUGCCGUUCAUAUUGACAAAGUUUACACCCAGUUGUCUUGGCUUAUGGAUGAGAAGGAUCCUAGCGGAGUAACGCAGAAGAAACUUCAACACUACACCGACAUUUUUGAAGGCGGAAGACUUCAUCAUACGCCUAAGCGCAUUUUGGUCCACGGACGACCAGGUAUCGGCAAGACCGUUUUUACGCAGAAAGCUACAUUCGACUGGUCCCAGCCCAAAUGUAAAGGAAAGUUAGGAAAAUUUGAUCUUGUACUUUUGAUCAGAUUACGCGAUGUUUGUAACCUCAACGAUAUCCCAGCCGUGCUGAACAAUGCUAAUCUUCUCGCUAGUGAUGGCCCAGUUUCCACUGACAACCUGUACGAUUACGUUCGUCGCCACCAAGAAAACGUGUUACUUAUUUUGGACGGCUACGAUGAAUACGUACACAGCGCAGAAAGGCAAUCACCUGUUCUUAAAAUCUGGGAGAAAAAGCAGUUGAGGGAUUGUUGCGUUAUUAUGACCUCUAGAGACAUGAAAGGAGAGAGAUUAAAAAGUUCCAGCGAUGCUCAAUUCGAGAUCGACGGUUUUGACCGUAAGCGACAAGAAGAGUUCGCUCGUAGAUUCUUGAAGGAUGAUCAAGAUGUUGAAGAGUUUUUUAAAUACUUGGUUCAACAAGACCUGAAGGAUAUAGCAAAAAUACCUAUUUUGCUAUUGAUGCUCUUGUUGGUUUGGAAAGAAAAGGAUUGUGGAGGACUACCUUCAUCACGGGUGAUGAUUUAUGACCAGUUCAUACAGACUAUGUUUAAUCAUAUGUCGGAAAAACAAGAAAAGCCGGCGGAAAAAGUCGACGAUCACAAAGAAGAACUCUGUAAAGUAGGAGAACUAGCCUUUGAGGCACUUCUAAAAGAUUUUCUUUAUUUUCCUCUCAGUAAAUUGCCAGAUCACGUUUUGACUGAGAAACUGAUUGAGGCCGGGUUGUUUCAGCUGCUUAACAUGUCCGCUCUUAACCCGUCCAAAGCCGUGCACUUCAUUCACAAAUCCAUGCAGGAGUUUUUGGCUUCUUUAUUUCUAAAAGAAGAACUGUUAUCUCAAGAAAUUAAAAACAAUUCCCUUUUCAAAGUCGACUCAAUUGAAAAGAUCUUCAAGUUGAAUGAAGUUUUUAAAUUUGCUGCUGAAAUGUCAGAAGAAGCCGCGCGCGAGAUCUUGAUUCAUCUGUUGGAAAUGGCGGCGAAGGAAGACUCAAAGUACAGCUUCGACAACCAAGCACCGUCAGUCGAAGAUUUGUCAGAAACACAAAAAAAUCUUCUAACUCUAUGUACACAGUUAUUCUUCUACUGCUCAGCAGACACGAGAACAGAACUUUUCCCCACUUUUCUUUCUAAUCUAGGAGGUGUUUUGUUCAUUUUAAAUCCUGACCAGCUGAAUAUUGCAGCAAAGGAAAAUUUUGUUAAAACUACCGCUUCACUUAUGUACAUAUUUUUCUCUGAAAGCGGCCGGUAUACAGAGCAAAGUUAUAAUAAUUUAAUAACUUUAGCACAGCAAUUAAACGCUGUUAUAGUUAGUAGAACAGGAGAACAGAAAGCAUCAGAAUUUUUGAAUGUAUUUCCAUGGCGUAGUGUUUAUGAGUUUUUUUUAAUGAAAGAAGAAAACAACACUCACCUUUAUUUUACUAAACUUCUAAAACCUCUUCCUUUUAAAAUGGUAAAGACGUUAGUUAGUUUAGAAGAGACAACAAAGAAGACAAACAUGAAUGGUGAUGAGUCAAGUGAAGAGAGCAGCAGCAGCUGUUGUUCAAAGCGUCAUGGUCUCUCCAGGGUUCGGAGGAUUCAAGCUGCUGGUGUGAACAGGUCAGAAGUGGAACAGCUCAUUGAGAUGAUGCCGUUUAUCACCGCUCCACACGUGAUAUGGGUUUUGGGUGAACUAUUCGGUGAAGUGUUGGAUGCUGAGGUAACAGAGUCUCUACUGAGGAGUAUCCCAACACACAAACUGGAGACAUUAACACUCUGGGGUAUCAAUGUAACAUCAUCACCUGCUGUGGAGUUCAUCAGCAGAGUAUUUAAACAAGAUCUUCCAAACUUGAACUGGCUCGGCAUGCCAUACAAUCCUCUCCUGGGUGCAGGAGUCGACAGCUUGAUAGAACAUCUCAGCUGCGCUCCUCACCUGGAGACGCUGAUCCUUACAGGAGUGAAGAUGACUCCACAGCAGGUGAUGAAUCUCUCAUCAGCUGUACAGCAGCACGGAAACAUCACUCAACUGAUGUCAUACUACCACGUAAGUUUUCCAAUUUUA